UGCAAAUGUCUGCUUGUCAAAAAAGUUGAACCAGUGCGAUGGUCUAACAUUGUACAAGAAAAACAGUUCUUAAAUCACUUUUUUAAUUUAAACCGAAUUUGUGUUGAGCAGUAAGUGAGAAAUCGCCGUUAUUUCCCCUAAUCGAGUGAAUUUUGACACUUUGCUGACACCUGUCAAAUAAGUGAGGUGUAAAAAUUACAGGUGAACAUUGUAAAUAAUUCCUCUUGAACAUAACAAUUAUUUGAAAACGACCUAUGUGUAUGUGUUGUUUGCUGUUUGAUUAAGUUUUUGUGUGUCACUGUGCUAAAAAAACUGAAAGAUGAAUGCUUCAGAACACGGGUUCAAUCCGGCUUUUAACAUGGCCACAAUCAAACAAGCCGUUAAUGAGGCCAUAGAACGAGUUCGAAUGCCAACUCCCAUGCGAUUGCGAGACUUGAUUAGACAAAUCCGGGCGGCUCGAACUGCAGCUGAAGAACGCAGCGUCGUCAACAAAGAAUGCGCUUAUAUUAGGUCAACAUUUCGCGAAGAAGACUCCGUUUGGCGGUGCCGCAACAUCGCCAAACUGCUUUAUAUUCAUAUGCUUGGAUACCCGGCACAUUUUGGACAACUGGAGUGUCUGAAAUUGAUCGCGAGUGCGAGYUUUACCGAUAAACGGAUUGGGUAUUUAGGGGCGAUGCUCCUACUAGACGAGCGACAAGACGUGCAUUUGUUGAUCACAAACUGUCUCAAAAAUGACCUGAACUCAACAACACAGUUUGUUGUUGGGUUGGCGCUUUGCACUCUUGGAGCGAUUGCUUCUCCAGAAAUGGCACGUGAUUUAGCGGGGGAAGUGGAGCGACUAAUGAAAUCGCCCAACGCCUACAUUAGGAAAAAAGCGGCUCUUUGCGCUUUUCGAAUUAUUAAACGUGUGCCUGAACUCAUGGAAAUAUUUUUACCGGCCACCAGAAGUCUGCUAUCUGAGAAAAAUCACGGUGUGCUGAUUACGGGGGUUACGCUCAUUACGGAAAUGUGUGAAAAUAGCCCAGACACCUUAAACCACUUCAAAAAAAUUGUGCCCAACCUCGUCCGAAUCCUUAAAAACCUGAUUUUGGCCGGUUAUUCCCCCGACCACGACGUGUCUGGCGUUAGCGAUCCAUUCCUCCAAGUAAAAAUCUUAAAACUUUUGCGGGUUUUGGGCCGCAACGAUGCCGACGCCUCCGAGGCCAUGAACGAUAUUCUAGCCCAGGUUGCAACAAACACCGAAACGAGUAAAAAUGUCGGCAAUACGAUUCUCUACGAGACUGUUCUCUCGAUAAUGGAUAUAAAAUCAGAAGGCGGUUUACGAGUCCUCGCUGUUAAUAUUCUAGGCCGGUUUUUGUUAAAUAAUGAUAAGAAUAUUCGCUARGUGGCUUUGAACACGUUGUUGAGGACUGUACAUGUUGAUACUUCGGCCGUUCAGAGACACAGGUCGACAAUUCUUGAAUGUUUGAAAGAUCCGGAUAUUUCAAUCAGGAGGAGGGCUAUGGAGUUGUCAUUUGCUUUGGUCAAUUCGCAGAAUAUUAGGACUAUGAUGAAGGAAUUGAUAACAUUUUUGGAAAAAGCGGAUCCGGAAUUUAAGGCUCAUUGCUCGUCAAYCAUUGUGAUGGCGGCGGAAAGGUUCGCGCCGAAUAAGAGYUGGCAUUUGGAUACGCUACUCAAAGUUCUAGUUGGGGCUGGGAACUACGUGCGUGAUGACGUUAUUUCUUCAACGAUUCAAUUAAUAUCAGAAAGCACUAAUCAGCAGCCUUAUAUGACCUUGCAACUAUACAAAGCUUUAUCCGAGGAUUUAAUGGAUAAACAACCCUUGAUUCAAGUGGCCGUCUGGGCUAUCGGGGAAUACGGAGAUCAGCUUUUACAAGCAUCAAUCGACGACGACACUGGAAUAACUCCACCAACUGAAGAACAAGUAAUCGAACUUUAUCAAAAAUUGCUGUGGUCACCCCAAAACACAACCGUGACCAAACAAUAUGCUUUGAUGUCGCUCACUAAACUAAGUACUAGAUUUACAGUGACUACAAACAAAAUUCAACAAAUCGUAAGUUCUUUCUGUUCGAGCUUGCAUAUAGAGUUGCAACAGAGGGGUGUAGAGUUUUCGCAAUUUUUCGGCAAAUAUUCGCAUUUAAGACCUUCGCUUUUGGAACGUAUGCCUCCAAUGGAAGUGGUGAGACAAACAGGGGACGCGCACACUAAUGGGGAUAUCGAAAGCGACUCGAAAACGCCCGAGGAGAGUCCUCAACAUGUCAAUAGUGAUUCGAGCGCUUUGUUAGAUUUAUUGGUGGAUUUCGGGGGCACGGCCCCCACACCCCCACAACCUGCCAUUACUACGUCUAGUAACAAAGUAGAUUUACUCGAUUUGUUUAACGAAAUGGAUAACAUUGAUACGCCAGCCUUACAAACUCUACCGCCUACUGAUACGAAUCUGGGACUGAUUGUAGAAAAUAAUAACGGGAGUUUGCCUAUUGUAAUUAACCAGAACUCGAAUUUUAUUGGUGGAGAUUUGUUGUCUAAUGAUAAGACGGUUAAUGAAAAAGACGUGCCUACCAUUACGGCUUAUGAUCAAGAUGGGUUGAAAAUGUGCUUCUCGUUGGAAAAAGUACCAGAUAGUAACACUUUAACGAUAAAUAUGGUCGCGGCAAAUCAGACGUUAUCGGCAAUGACCGAUUUCUUAUUCCAAGCGGCAGUUCCUAAGACAUUCCAAUUACAAAUGAUGUCGCCCUCUGGGACCGUUAUGGGUCCAAACGGACAAAUUACGCAAGUGUUGAGGGUAACAAAUCCUAAUAGGAGCACUUUAAAAAUGCGAAUAAGGUUGUCUUACAACGUGGACGGAAAUCCUGUACAGAUUCAGACAGAAGUGAACAAUUUUCCAACGGAAAUUUGGGAUUGACGGAAAACUGGCUAAUUUGUGAAUUUCCCACACUGUUACAUAUUUAUAAAUAUACAUACAAGUCUAUUUUUUAUUGUAGACUGUAUACUGAAAUCUAAUAUUUUCUAUAAUUAGAUUUAGUUAUUUUUUAGUGAGACACUUUGUAAAUAAUUGUUUUUAAUAUUGAGUACUUAAUUAUUUUAGGCACUUUUUCGAUUAGGUUUUUUCAUUAGAUCCCCUGCAGUUUUAUUGUUAUUUUAUCUUUAUUAUCUGAUUAGAUGUAAUUUUUAUUUAUAUCCAUUUUCAUGCGAGAAAUAAUUUAAUUGCUUGUUUUGUUAUACAAUGUUUUUUGCGUCCAUAACUUUAGAUCAAUAAAUUGUAAAUACCUAACUAUUC